CAUUGCUGAAGCUGAAACAUAACCGAAAGGUUGACUUGUUGCCCCUCACUUGUUCGCGUACGUCUUUUUGUAAGAAAGAACGCCUUUUCUGUUUCAUUACGCAACAUCUCUCUUUUUUUGUUUCCCCCUAUAACUUUUUUUUUUCUUUUUUCAAUCAGCAAAUUACAAACAUGGCUGCUUCUAGUUCUCAAGGUAUCAACACGUUGCUCGAAGCUGAACGUGAAGCUGCAAAGAUUGUCCAAAAGGCCAAGCAAUACCGCAUUCAACGUUUGAAGGAUGCUCGCUCUGAAGCUACCAAGGAAAUCGAAGACUUGAAGGCACAAAAGAACCUUGAAUAUCAAAACUUCGUUGCCCAGCACUCGGGCGCAUCGGACGCUAGCUUGGGCGUCGUGGACCAGGAAACGGAUGCAAAGAUUGCCGAGAUUCAGUCGGCUUUUGGUGAGAACAAGGAAGUGGCUGCUCAGAAAAUGUUGGAAGCCAUCAUGCGUGUCGAUCCUAAACCCCACAUCAACGUGAGAGCUUAAAGAAAAAGAUACCUUGUUCUUCCCUUUGCACGCCCAUCAUUUGUGUAAAAAAGAAAACUAUUCUCCUAUUCCUUUUUCUCUCUAUAAACAGAGGCGUGCCUAGCUUGUAACAUCGUCGUCGUCAUAUAUAAAGAGUUUAUUUCCAUGGU